AAUUUGGCUUCUAUUUGCUUGUUAAAAUUACAAGCAAUUGUGAUUGGUUCAUUCGGUAUGAGUAUUUGGAACAUUAUCUAAUUUGACCAAUCACGGUACGAGGUUAUAAGUGCCAUUUUCUCAAAGCUCACAAAAAAGAUAAAAGAUUCUAAUGAGUUUUUAUGUGUAAUUUAUCACUCGAAUAUUUUCGGUGAUAUUGUAAAAAUAUUUUAGACAAAUUAAUUAAGUAUUAGAGUGCAUGGAAAUUUACAGAAAAAAUGAGGGUACUAUUCUUCUCACUGGCGCUGCUGCUGUGCAGUGCCUACGUGUGUAGAGCGUAUGAAGAUGGGAAUCUAGAGGAUGAUGAUUUUGCCGAGUUUGAACAGUUUGAAGCUGACGAUAAUGAUAAUGCAGAUUUCUCAGAAGAAAGAGAAAUACCUAAGAAAGUGGAACCGAAGAAGGAGCAGCCAGAGGCCAAUGUUGAAAUUGAAGAUGAAAUAUUGAUUGAGGAUGAGGACAGUGAGUUUGAACACUUCCAAGAUCCGGAAGAGUUUGAGGGAUUUCAAGACAAUGUGCCUCGCAACACUGAACAACCAAAAAUUACAAUUUCUAAAGUUCCUAUUAACAUAAAUCGGAGAUGGGAGGCGUACUGGUUAGAAGCUAUACUGUGCUGCUUGCUCAUGUCUUACGCUAUUGCUUUUGCACUGGGCCGGGCGAAGAACACCUCGAUAGCUACUAACUUCUUGAAGCUCCAUAAACCACUGUUGGAUGAGAAUUUCACUCUAGUCGGCGAGACGGGCACUGACAUAGUAGGCGAGGAGCGCGGGUGGCGGCGCGAGGCGGAGCACUGCUUCACCAUGUGGUGCAGCGGACGGACAUGCUGCGAGGGCAUGCUACUCACACUCAAGCUGAUUAAACGCCAAGAUCUAGUCCACGUGCUGUUAGGUACGGUGCGACCUAGUCCAGACACGUUGCUAAUACGCGUGGAACUCGGCAAAGACGACUGCGACCCCUUCGUGUUUUGUGUGGCCCAGAAGAAGAUCGCCACGCGCCUGUCCAAGGAGAUGCAGGAUUUGAGCAUCUUCUGCGGCGAGAAGCGCGGCGGCGAGAAGCACGGGCUGCCGGCGUCUCUAGCGGUGCUGUCGGAGUGCGCGGAGGCGGCGGGCGGCGUGCUGGACGCGCGCGCCACCGCCGCGCUCGCCCGCUACCACGCCCACAUCCAGUACAUACACAUCUCCGACCGCUACUGCGGCCCCCGCCAGCCCGAGGAGGUGAACGUCACGAAGCCCCCGGAGACGGAGCGGCUGAUGCUGGUGAGCCUCGCGCUCGGCCCCGACGGCGGCGGCGACGAGGUCCGCCCGCUGCUGCAGCUCGUCUUCUACCUGCUCGACAGGAUAAAGAGGUUCCGGUUGAGCAAGGAGGCGCUGGCCAAGUGCGAGAAGCGUCGUCAGAAGGCGGCGGAGGCGUGGCUGCGGGGCGCGCACGCCGCGCGGCAGGAGCAGGCCGCGCAGCGCCGCGAGGAGCGCCGCAAGGCCGAGAAGGAGCGCAUCCUGGCCGAGGAUGAUCCGGAGAAGCAACGUCGCUGGGAGCUAAAGGAGCAGAAGCGUCAACAGAAGCGCAAGGCUCCCAAGAUGAAACAGCUCAAAGUGAAGGCGCUGUAAACCAAGCAAUAAUUUAUUAUUUACACACUUUUUUGUUGGUAUAUAUAAGUGUUACAGUAUUGAACCUGUCAUAAAUAAAUGAUUUUGAUAUAUGAAAAA